AAUCUGCACAAUGGGGCUAAGACUAGACCUGUCCGUCCCUCAGACAGACACACAUCCAUCCACACAACAAAGUACGAGUGCAAGUACAAGUGGGAGAACGAGUAGUAUAUCCAUAUCAACAUGUGCCAUAAAACACGCACACACACACACGGCACGCACACAGUCCAAAGAUGAUUAUUAUGCGCCUUAUCGGAGUGCAGGCAGGCAGCAGAUCAACAAGGAAAGAAAACAGGUUCUCGACGAGUCGAUUUCUGUAUGCCCUUACGCGGCCCUAGGCCAUGGAUCGAACUAACCACCACUUCGUGUACGUCUGCAUAGUGAGGGCGAGAGUGAGAGCAACUGAUAGUCGCUCUGUCGUCGCGUCCCUCUGGCGAGAGAAUAACAAAGAAGCAACCAUAAAAACAGAGCGCAGUGCUACCCCAGCAAGCGGAGCCUCACUCUUCAAUUGCUCGAGAUAGCAGCAACACCGACGAGAACAAAGAGCUGAGAAAAUGCCACGCCCAGUGCUGCUGAUACACGGAGGAGCCGGGGACAUUCCGGACUCGCGCAUCGCUGGCAAGUUCAAGGGCAUCAAGGAGGCGCUGCGCUGUGCUUGGGGCAGCCUGGUGCCGGCCAGUGGGGCGAAGGGCAGCGCCCUGGACGCCGUCGAGACGGCGGUGCGCAGCAUGGAGCUGGACGAGAACUUCAAUGCCGGCUACGGCUCCUGCUUGAACACCGACGGGCAGGUGGAGAUGGAGGCCAGUCUAAUGGAAGGGCGGGAUCUGCGCGCCGGCUGCGUCACUCUGCUGCGGGACGUGAUGCACCCGAUCACGGUGGCGCGUCGUCUCAUGGAGAAACAGCGGCACACGUUCAUCGGCGGCGAGGCGGCCCAGGAGCUGGCCCUGUCCACGGGCAGCGAGCGGCUGCCAGCGAACGCCUUGGUCACGGAGGGGGCCCGCUUCACGCUGCAACAAUUCAAGGAGCAGCUGAGCCAGGGCAAGGAUCCCUUCUUCGCCCGCACAGAGCUGGCCGCUGAGCAGAAGACCGACCCCAGCGGAGAGACGGUGGGCGCUGUGGCCAUGGACCAGGAUGGCCAAAUUGUUGUCGGCACCUCAACCGGCGGCAUCACGGGCAAGUGGCCCGGUCGCAUUGGCGACACGCCCAUCCUGGGCAGCGGCACCUAUGCGGACAACGCCAGGGGCGGCGUUUCCACCACCGGCCAUGGCGAGACAAUCAUGCGAUACAAUCUGGCCCAGCGCAUCCUGGCCGCCAUCGAGCACAAGGGCAUGUCCGCCCAGGCGGCGGCAGACCAGGAGUGUCGCGAGAUGACCAGACGCAUCGGUGGCACGGGCGGCGCCAUCGUUGUGGGCCAUGCCGGGGAUCUGGGCAUCAGCUUUACAUCGCAACGCAUGGCCUGGGGCUACAUACAGGACGACACCAUCUUCUACGGCAUCGAGGGCCAGGUGGUACACCAGGAGCCGCUCUCUUAGGCACUUGAAUGGUUCUCAUUUAAUGGCUCACACAUUCUUCUAAAAAGAAAGCAGAACUACACGUGAAUAAAUUACUUAAGUUACGAAUCUACGAUCUAAGUUACAAGAAAGCAGCAUACAAAGUUAUGCUAUAAUAUAACUCGUACGUACGUAAAUGCUAUCCAUGA